UUGAGAUCUCGCGAGACUGUCAAACGUAUGGCAUGAGGCGUGGGAGGAAGGUUGUGUUCUCGCGAGAAGUCUGCCUUUAGGCCCUUGGCUUGUGUCGGGCAGUGCCUCUGUCCGCGAAGGUCUACUCAGAACGUCCGGAGCUGCACUCGGAGGUGGAACAGGGAGCAGAAUGAGUACCUCACAGGACCAGAGUGGCUGCUCCAGUAAUAAAGAACCCCAUUUGAGGUGUUGUGAUGCGCGGAGGGACUUGGAGCUUGCUAUUGGUGGAGUUCUCCGGGCUGAACAGCAAAUUAAAGAUAACUUGCGAGAGGUGAAAGCCCAGAUUCACAGCUGCAUAAGUCGUCACCUGGAAUGCCUUCGAAGCCGUGAGGUGUGGCUGUAUGAACAGGUAGAUCUCAUCUAUCAGCUUAAAGAGGAGACGCUUCAGCAGCAGGCCCAACAGCUCUACUGGUUGCUGGGCCAGUUCAAUUGUCUUAUUCAUCAGCUGGAGUGCACCCAGAACAAAGACCUAGCCAAUCAAGUCUCCGUGUGCCUGGAGAGACUGGGCAGUUUGACCCUCAAACCUGAAGAUUCGACUGUCCUACUCUUUGAAGCCGAUAUAACUGCCCUGCGCCAGGCAAUCACCACAUUUGGGUCUCUUAAGACCAUUCAAAUUCCUGAGCACCUGAUGGCUCAUGCUAGUUCAUCAAACAUUGGGCCCUUCCUGGAGAAAAGAGGCUAUAUCGCAUUGCCAGAGCAGCAGAAGUCAGCAUCCAGCACCACAUCUGUCCCUCUCAGCGAAUGGCUCCUUGGAAGCAAACCUGCCAGCGGUCGCCAGGCUCCUUACAUACCCAGUACCAAUCUGCAGGACUGGCUCAACCAAAAGCAGACCUUGGAGAAUAGUCAGACUUCUGCCAGAGCCUGCAAUUUCUUCAGUAAUGUCUGGGGCAACCUAAAGGGCUUGGAAAAUUGGCUCCACAAGAGUCAGAAACAAGUUUCUGAAAAACCAAGUUACCAAAAGUGUAACAGCUAUUCUACUACCAGUUCUUACUCCAUUGAAAUUGAAAAGGUUGGAGAUCUAGAGCUUCUUGAUCAAGAUGAGAUGGAGCUUUCCGAUUGGCUGGUGACUCCCCAGGAAUCCCAUAAGCUUGAGAAGGCUGGGAAUGGCAGCUGUGAAACCAGUGAGAAGUUUAAGCUCUUGUUCCAGGUGUUCCAGGAGUCCUAUAGUGUGAAUGAUUGGCUCAUCAAGCCUGAUUCCUGUACCAAUUGUCAGGGUAACCAGCCUAAAGGUGUGGAGAUUGAGAACCUGGGCAAUCUGAAGUGCCUGAAUGACCACUUGGAGGCCAAGAAACCCUUGUCCACUCCCAGCGUGAUUACUGAGGAUUGGCUUGUCCAGAAUCAUCAAGACCCAUAUAAAGUAGAGGAGGUCUGCAAAGCCAAUGAGCCCUGUACAAGCUUUGCAGAGUGCGUGUGUGAUGAAAAUUGUGAGAAGGAAGCUCUGUGUAAAUGGCUUCUGAAGAAAGAAGGAAAGGAUAAAAAUGGUAUGCCUGUGGAACCAAAACCUGAACCUGAGAAACAUAAAGAUUCCCUGAAUAUGUGGCUCUGUCCAUCCAGAAGAGAGGCAACAGAACAAGCCAAGGCACCGAAGGCAAUGGCCUCUUCUAGAAUUGCUGAUUCCUUCCGUGUCAUAAGGAACAGUCCCUUGUCAGAGUGGCUCAUUACCCCCUCAUGCAAAGAAGGAUGUCCCAAGGAAGUGCCUCUUAGAGAGGACAGAGCUGGCAUACCAAAGCUUACAAGCCACUUGGCCACUUCCUGGUGUCCCUUUAACACAGCUGACUGGGUCUUGCCAGGAAAGAAGACAGGAAAUCUUAGCCAGUUAUCCUCAGGAGAAGACAAAUGGCUACUUCGAAAGGCCAAGGAAGUAUUACUUAAUUCGCCCCUACAGGAGGAACGCAGCUUUCCCCCAGACCGUUAUGGCCUCCCAGCAGUUUGUGAUCUCUUUGCCUGUAUGCAGCUUAAAGUUGAUAAAGAAAAAUGGUUGUAUCGAACUCCUCUACAGAUGUGAAGGAAUGGAGUACUAGAGUCAAGCAAAUUUUCUGCAGAUUAGCACAAAUCCAUGAGCUGAGUGACUGCGGCUUGCCAAAUCAUUGCGUUUCUGGGUCUGAUGUAGUUCCUUUUCUGCCUAAUUUUGAACUAGUGAAGAGAAAUAAUAAAUCAAAUUAUGAGUUACUGUGUAAAAGAAAAAGGCUGUUUGUUGAUGUUGAGGUGAUUCAGUUCCUUCUUACAGAAGUAUUAAUUCACCCCUACCCUAGAAACACAGCAUCGUAGUGGGUGGGUCUUUUUCAUAAGCCUCCACGGCUCCUUAGUUUGGGUUGUUAUUAGAAGUACAUUAAAGCACUGUAGUUUUAAAAAUGAAAUAGUUUUAUAAUCAAGGUGUGUUGAUGUAUUCUAAAACUAGUAAACUUACCUAACCUUUUGAUUGCCCUUCUUUGGAUGCUUCCCUUGUUGUGGGUUUUCUUCCAUUAACGGUGAAUUCUUCUGUUUAAUUAAUGUACAAUAUUAUUUCACACAAAUAAUUAACCUUGCCAAUAUAGUGGUUUUUUCUUACCAAAACAUGUAUUAACAAUUUUGGCAAUUUUUGACAUUAAUUACAAAACAUUUUAGCUUACAUGCCAGAUUCUACAUUAUUUUUCUUUUUUUGAAACAAACUCAACUAUUUCAAGUUUUAUCUUUAUUCCCUUCUCUAAACGUUAUUAUUGAAGUAUCUAGACAGCUCUUUCAGAAGGGCUCCAUGUUGCUUGAAGACUAUAUUCAGGGUAAUCCUAGCCUCUUUCAAAAUAUUCUGAAGAACUACAGGCAGAAGAGCCCCAGUGCUGACUAAUCAAAAAGCAAAAGGCAAGACAUGUUGGAAAUGUAGUACUUGAACUAUUCACUAUCCUAAAUGUUACUGGUGCAUCCUGUGUAAAUGGAAGCUGAACUGGACACCUGGUGCUUUUAACUAGGCAUAAAUUAAAUGUCCUCUCACUGCAAGCAUAGCAUACCUAUACCUUAUAAUGCAGUGACAUUUUAGUGAAUAGGCCGUUUUGAACACUGUGCCUUGGGGUGUUUAUUGAAGCUUUAUGAAAAGUAUUGAUGUUUCCCUUAGCAUCCUUAAAGUUAUGUCCAUGCUUUAAAAAGUUUCUCUGUAGAAGAGAAAUGGUAUUUAUACCAUGUUUUAAAAUUCUGUAAGAUGAGACAUCUUAGCUGCUUUCCAGGCUUUUACACUAUUAAGCCACUCAAGUUGCCUAUAUGUUAUUGGAAAUACUUUUAAAGUUUGUGAUAUGGUCAUCUAGAAAGCCCUUUUGGGGAAACUUCACAUUCCCAGUGUCAUUGCCAUACAACUUCAUUAGAAUUCUUGAACCACAGCUGAAACGAGCCUAUUAUUUUUUAGUUCCCCGAUACCAUUUAGAACUUUAAAAACUAAAGGUGGUGGGUAAAAACUUAAGGAGCCUUUCCAUUAUCUUUGGUUGCAGGAAACUUUGUAGUUUUUGAGGUUUAACACAUUGUGUAUCCCUAAAUUAACAAUCACUGUGCUAAUGAGUGUAAAACAUUUCUUUUGCAUUGAUGGAUUUUGUGCCUCCCUCCAUUAAAAGCGUAACAGCCAUA